UGUUUCCAAUGAAUAUAUCGGAGUGAAUAAUGCAGGAUGCAAACUUAUUAGCAUGAAUGUUUUUAUUUUCUGAAAAAUCUACAAAUUUGAUUACAUAUUGAUAACUUGAGGGGGGAAGGAUACUGGAGAUUAUGAUUUCUACUCGGUAGUGACUUUAAUUAAGAAUCAGAACAAUGUUUGGUGAGUGUGACCCUAUCGAUGUCGACAACACAACACAAGUCACACUUGACGUAGAAAUUCUUCACGCUAAGUGUUAUAGAAUCUUAGGUAUAUUUUAUGCAGCGGUUCUGGCUUUCGGGAUUUUAUUGUCUUUGGCCAUUGCUCUGAUCUGUUAUCGGAGAAGAAAGUUUACAGGGGAAAAGAAUUUAAUUGGUUUAACUCCAUGGAGAAGAAAGAAGGGAAGACAGCAAGUCCAGCUUCUGUUGUCUCGACGACUCUCUAUAAACGACUUAACAAGCAGCAUCAAUGAUUUUGAGUUUUAUGUGAAACAUUCAAGCGAUUGGGACAAGGGUGCAAACAUUGAAAAACUUCCACCGUUCCCAUAUUCUGAAGACGAAGGGUUACUUUUUCCGUCAGGUGGUGUUAACCAAACAUGCAAACAAAAAACACCAGUCAAGUUAGAUCUCACCUCUGAAAGCAUUACAUGUAUCACGGCGUCAGUUGGAAGAGAAAGCUCAGAAAACGUAACAGAAGUCAACGUAUCGGUAACGAGGGAAGACAAAUUCGGGGUAAAAGGUAAAUCAAACCCACACAAUGCCUAUACCUGCGAGCAACAGAAGAAAGAUAAGAAAAAUUUCAAUCACAACAGCAAUAGCAAUAAAAUUCAUUUUGAGAUAGAGGAAGCGAAAAAUGCACACGACAAAAAGAACAAUGCAGCGUGUGAAAAUAAGAAAUAUAGUUAUUCUUGUGUGAGAGUGGAGAGAGAUUCUUCGUUUAAGAAACAAAAUAAUAGUGAUUCAGAGAAAGCUGGUACAUAUUUUUCUCAGAAAUUGGGAAAUAUUGAAAGAGACAGCAAAUAUCAUUCAUUCGACGAAACAUAUGACUCGGACGGAAAAAUAGACAUAAAUGCGGUUCGUAAAUGGGAAAGCAAUAUCCUGAAUCAGCACCAAAGACAACCAGACAAGGUUCAAGACUCCCCAAAUUGGCGAACUAUUGACCGAAAAAUAAAAUAUUUCGAGAAUGGACUGGCAAAUGCGAAAAAAGACAAUAAUACUUUAGAUCGAAAACACAGUCCAAAAGAUGUCAUGCCUACUUCUCCCAUUAGCUUUAAUUUUGACAAGAAGGAAGACGUGAUAACUGAGAAAUCUGACAAUAUUUUGAACCAAAGCCAUUCGGGAGAAUGCAUACCAGAUUCUCCAAACGACAUCACAAGGAACAUGCACAAACAUCUGAAUAAGAAAUUGACAACUUUGAAUGAAAGGAACAACACUUCUGACCGGGGGCAUAGCCCGAUAGAUUUUCCCCCAAGUUCCCCAAACAGCCAUAAGAGGGUUGGGAAGAGAAAUCUUAAUAAAGAAUCGACAAUGUCAGAUAAGGAGAACUACACCUUGGAUCGGAACAAUGAUCAACUCGAUUACAUUCCGAGUUCUCCAAUCGGCUACAGAGGGGACCGCAAAAGACAAUUGACAAUUUCAAGUGCGGAACACAACACGUUUAAUCGGAACCUUAGCCUUGUAGAGUUUCUCCCAAACUCUCCCGACAGAAUUAAAAUUGAUGGUGCAAUCUGGAAAACGAGGAGCAAUGAAUGACUUCAGCAAAUCAGAAAAGUUAACAGCAAAAGUCAUGGUAACUUACUUAUAUAUAAAAUUGCAAUAUCAAAGCUGUGUUCAUUUGAGAGGGAAUUAAGUUAUAAAAUAACAUGUUUUUGUAUUAUCCGUAUCAAUGUUAAUUCAAUAUACACUAAUUUACAAAAUCUACUACAGUUCAAUUUCCAAUGUAUGAAACCUAAUUAACAGUUAAAUAUAAGUCUGUGCUUAUUUUAAUCACGCAUAACCGCACACAGGUGUACUAAAAAAUUUCCAGUAUGAUACAUACAUGUUAUAAGGUAAUUUACAACAUUUAUAAGGUAAUUUACAACAUUUCAUCUUUUUUAUAUAAUUAUCUUUCAUCUCAUUUAUAUCGUAAAUAGUUUGUUACUUUGUUAACUUAAAAGAUUUUUUUGUUGGCGUCUUUGUCAAAUUUACUAUCAACUAAAAAACUUUUUUUGCGUUUUUGUUGGGAUUAUUUGUGUGUUUGGUUGAUUAUUUUAGUCAGUUGUGUUGUAUGUCUGUUAUGUAUGUUUACACAGUUUAGGCUGCUGGAUCCCACUUAUUGUCACAUUAACCUAUUAUGUCUGUUUACGUUCCUCACCCAAGUUUGUCAAUAUAACGGGGCCAUUAACAACUGUCAUACAAGGUGGAGGUUUAGCUAUCUAUAGUAUAAAUCCAGGUUUAACCCACAAGUUUCUUUGGAAAAUGCCUGUACCAAGUCAGGAAUAUGACAGUUGUUUUUAAUUCGUUCCGUUGGUUGAUAAAGUCUAAUGUUUGAAUUUGUCAGUUUAUAUGGACUUCCUCCAUUCUGAAUUUACUUCAGAGUUCGGUAUUUUUGUUAUACUUUUUCAUCAAGUUCGAUUAAUCUAAAUUAUUCACCAACUUCUGUUCACAUAUGAUAUUAAUUCAAAAACUUAAAUUGUACCUAUAAUUUUUGCAAUGCUGUCACUGGAAUCGAAAUCCUUCAUUGAAGGCUGCAAUGUGUAACUUAUAUCAAAAUAUCUCGGUUGAUAUUAAAAUGCCUAUUUUAUGAUUAUAUAACUAUGGUUGGGUUCCUACACCAAAAAGUCAUUAGAACUGAGGACAGGGGACACUGGACUAUUUACUGUUAUUAAAUGAUAGUGUAUAUAUAUGUGAAGUUCAGUUAUAUUGUUAUUUAUUUUGUAUUUGCCACAAACUUAUUGUUUAAAGUUUAUAUGGCAAUAAAUAUUUGAAUUUGAAUUUGAAUUUAAAAAAGGGGGUGCCUUUUUAAAGAUUCCAUUUUAUUAAUGCAUGAGGCAAAAUUUUGGUUUAUUUUUCAUACAAUGAAAACUAUAAAGUAGUAUAAUUUUCAAAGUCGUCUGUCAACGUUUUCGUUUUUACCUUUUACGUUUUUAUACAAAAUUGCAACAUUUACAUAUUUUUGUCAAACUAUGAAUCGAAGGACAUUGCUCAUCAUAAUGAUCUAAUUUGUAUCCGAAAAACUAUAUACAUGGAUGAUAUACUUCAAAUAUUGUGUUAGUUAACGAUGUCCUUCUCGUACAUUUUUGGGAUAAAUAGUUAGCAGAAAUAAGCCCUACUCUUUUCACUAUGAGUGUAAAAGAAAGUCGGAAGAUACCAAAGGGAUAUUCAAAUUCAUAAGUCGAUGACAAACAGACAAAGCCAUGGCAAAACAAAACCGGAAAAAGACCAAAAAGACAAACAACAGUAUACAAAACACAACAUAGAAAACUAAGAAGUGAGCAUCUCGAACCCAGCCAAAAACCGGGGGCGAUCUAUAAUUAUAUAUAUGUUGCUUGAGCAAUGUUUUGUCUUAAAAUUCAGUUACAUUGUGUAUGGUCUUGUGUAUUCUAAAAACUUAGCUCGAAUAUGCCUUUUUGGCAAUUAAGAACAACUUUCUGAUUUAUAAUCAUUCAAUGGAAUAGUAAUUACGUUUUAGAUUUGAUAUAAUUUCAUGAUUUAAAUGCAUGAUUCAUUAGCUCAUGUUAGCAAUUCCGAACGGCGUCCAAUCGAAUUGCUUUAAUUUCUCUUCUAAAUUUUAUAUCAGGAACAAUAUGUGUCAUCGGCAUGUAUGAUUGCCAACGAGACAACUAUACAUAAGGACAGAGGGACUAAGAUGUGAUCAAUGAUACCUGUAGAAGGGCAAAAAGUCGAGGAUAUGUCUCCCUGACUCUUGCUUUUAUCAGUAAACUAUGAACAAAUAUUUUCCAUGUAUUUUAAAGUGAUGAUUUGAAAGAUUUCUAUUCAUCCUAAUGAUAAUCAAGAAAUUACUUCAAAAUUCCAGAGUUGAUAAUAUUUGAGAAAGUAUUGAGGUUUUUUUUUUUUUUAAUAUUUAUAUUUGUUGGUUUCUUCUAACUUAUUUUAGUUUUUUUUCAUUACCUACGUUUACCUACGUGCGUUAUGAAAGCAAUAGCUGCUAUUCCUCUAUGUUCAUCUAUAUCGUUUCCUCUACCAUAGUGUCAUCUUUUCCGUUCCUCUACUUGUGUGUUGUCCAUACUCAAAUGUAUAGUCUUAUUUCAUAGGAUGGUAUUUCCAAUGUGUCUAGUCUAUUUUCCAAUAUCUUCACUUUGGUGGUUGUUACACCAUGUUCUGGCAAGCUGUUCCAUAUGUCUACUACUCUCUGUAUGGAUAUUCGUCAGAUAACGCCGCAUAGUUCAGACCUAACUGGUUAUAUUUUUACUACUGUAACUAUUGUUUUAACAUUCGCUACUGGGACGGGGACACCGUUAUCGUCCUUUGAUUUUCGUUGUCUGGAGUCCCUAGUGUGGUCAUUGUAAAACUUGCAAUUUUUUUCAUACACCUUCCAAAUUCAUUUCUUUAUAUUUUAUGCAUAAAAUAGUAAGUAGGGGCAUGAAUUUUUAGGUAAAGUGGUGAUUUGGUCCAGUAUGAAAAGGUAAAAAAUAAGUAUGUCUGAGGCUGUCAAACUGAAUUAUAGACCCCCAUAACAUAAAAUUGUCCAUAUUUUGAGUAAGAGCCGAUGGACUUUGCUAUAAUUUUGAUAUAGUUAGUCCCAAAAGUAGUACACUACACUGUAAAAAUCAUUUUUAGAUAGAGCAGGUACGAUUUUUUUAUUUGCGUUUUUUGUCUAAAUAAAUGCACUACGAAACAACUGUGUUCUCGGGCCUAUUAAAAGAACAAGUUGAAACAAAAAUAAAAAGUUGCUUUUAUUGCAUGUACAUCCAAAAUAUAUGUAAAAAGAACAAAAUAAUGCGGUUUGAUGUUAUUUGGUAUUUGUUAUGCAGAUAGCUGUUUAUUAACAAUAUUCUUUUUUUUUAACUUCUGAAAAUUUAGUUGGAAUACCUACACUAAAACACUUCGUUAAGGGUUCUGAGGAUCUCUGUGUCUCGCCUGCGAUUGAUGCUGUCAAUGUAAAAGUUCAAUGGUAUCUGCCAAACAAGUCUAUUUAUCAUUUAUAGUUAUCAUACGGAAAAAUGGACAAAAUAUAAACUUUUCCACUAGUACACUUUUUCUUUUUCUGUCCAAAUUUCGUAACAUUCCAUGAAUAUUUGACAACCUAUUGAUGUAUGAAAAAAGAAUAACUGUAUGCAAAUGGCAAAAAGGAAGUCCAUGUUUCAGUAAAAUAGAGGAAAAUGAGAGACAUAUUUUAAAAAUAUGUAGAAGUGUCAUUAAAUUCUAAAGAGUUUCGACAAAGUUAUUGAUUUAAAAAAACUUUAACCAAGACUCAAAAUCAAAAAAAUGAGAUGAACAUAGCUCUGGAUUCUGUCUAAUGAUCAAGAAGAAUCUUCUGUCCAAGUUUCCUAAAAUUCCAUGAAGGUUUCACCAAGUUAUUUAUGUAUAAAAAACUUAAACCCCAGAUUGUAUGAAAACCUUAACUGCAGAAACCAAACAAAGUCCAUUCAUCUGUGAAAUCCGGUAAAAUGAAGUUGAAUAUUGCAUUUAAUCACCCUGAACAGCUGAUAUCUUUAUUGUUUAUUUCAGGUUUAUAUAUUCCUAAUAUAUUUCAUGAUAAGUAAUGAUAAUUGUACGAUGGUGUUUGGCUGUUAAUGCACAUUUAGGACGAAACUGUGAUAUAAAUCUUGAAUCUUGCUUUGUAAUAGACCGACAGAAUGAGUCGGAUUUUUCACGUGCUAAGUAGAAAAGCUGCAAAUACCAAUUUUCAAGUAUCAUUGGUUUGACACUACCAGAGAUCAAACCUAAGACCUAACACAAUUGCAAGCAUGUUAGUACCGAGGCGGUAUAAUUGUUGUAAGUUGAUGUCUUUUAAAUAGUAUGUUUUAUUCUUCGUUUCCUUUUUUGUACCCAAUGUCUAUAGUGAGGUCAUUGGUUUUUUUUUUAAUUGUAUCAUGAUAAGAAUGUGUGGAAAAAUGUGAUAUUUUUUGGUCCUAUUCUAAUGAAAAUAUGAGAUGUUACGUUUUGUCUUGUUACUUUGUAAAUAUUAUAGGCAAUAUAAAUUGCGACUUUUUGUCAUAUCAAUGUAUACAUGUAUAUUGAACAUGCAGAUAUUCAUUGUAACUUUUUGUCAUAUUUGUUUUGCAUAAUUGUUUUUACCUGUGACUUUCUGUUCAUUCAUCUAAAUGUUUGUAUAAUUAUCUGUGAAAGGUUUUUUGCUUGGAUAUUAUUAUAUGCCACACAUUCAUAUGUUUAUGUUGACUGAAUCAACCAGAGUGGUCCGUAUAGUAAGACACUCAACCCCGAACAUGCAUUUUAGUUGCUGUUGUAAAAUUCAGUUUUGAGAUUUCUUUUUCAGCCAUUCAUUUAUAUAAUCAUUGCCACUGUGUUAGAUUGACACAUGGUAGCUGAUCGGUCAAAGAAUUGUACUGACCUAGAAACUAAGUUUAAGGUUUGUAUACUGAAAAUUCAAAAUUUGAAGGUCAAGGUUAAUGUUCAUCAUAACCUUGUAGCAAAUAUGGUCGUAUUUACACCACAAAUUUCACUCUGAGUUCAGACAAACCUGUGCCCCCUGGAAAAGUUUUAGAGCAUGGCUGGACCUAGAUAUACAAAAUUGAAAUGUAUUUUAAGUUUCAGAAUAUCAAAAACUUUUCGUUAUUCAUUUUUAGUUCACCUGGCCGAAAGGCAAAUUGAGCUUUUCUCGUCACUUGGCGUCCGUUGUUCGUUAACUUUUACAAAAAUCUUCUCCUCAUUAUUAGGAUGUCUAAUGUAUAUAACGGUGUUCGACGACUUCGGCUGUCGAUGGCCGACAUUGCUAAAAAUAGAACAAAGGGGUAAAAUGUAAGUUUUGCCUACUUAUUCCGAAAGCCGCUAUUAAUAGAGAAAUCUGACAGGGACGAACAUGUUCAAAAUGUUGAGCUCUACCUAUUGUCUAUUCAAGUCAAAACUGUCAGACGACUUCUUAUAGGAGUUAUUGCCCUUAAAUGAUGAAUUUUACCAUUUUUAAAAAUGUUUGCCUAUUAUCUCGAAAGUUAUAAUAGAUAAAUAGAAAAUUUAAAGGGGCAUUAGCUGUCAAAUUCAUGUUCACCGAUUUGACUCAAAUUCUCAUAUUUGAUUUAUAACAUACUAAAACAAAUAUCCAAAUUACAAAAAGUCUAAAAUAAACAAUUUUAAAACAAUGCAUGGACUCGGUGAUAUGUAUCAACAUUUCGUGUGUAUUUUUGUCUAGACGUCAUCUAAUUAACCAUCGAGAUGACCUCCGAAGACUGCCGACGGUCAUAUAACCCGAUAUUAACAUAAUUAUAGAUAUAAACAGAUAGCGACCACGAGUGUAAUUGGAUUUUUCUAGGUCUGUUUGAUUUCAUAUCGUAGAUUAAAAAGUAUGUUUAUCAUCGUUUUACCUGUAUAAGAUCGAUCGAUUCCA